GGUUUUUAUAAUGGUUGAUACAGAGGGGCAUCAGUCAAAACUAAGCUCUUGUUUUAUCAACAUAAUACGGUUAUUAAUUCGUGGCCAGUUGACACGCAAGUGAUCAGCAUGGUACUAACGGAGAGAGAUAUCGACGCUUAUCACCACACUCGACUUAUUAUCCACUUAUCGCUUCCUUCCUCGAUCUUCUUUCGGUCCUACUUGCCUCGGCCCAUCACGAGUAUCUCCUCUGAGAAAACAGAUGACCAGUCGCUGAAAAAAAAGACAUCACAAAAGAGAUAGAUCUGAUUGUGAACUUCCAUCGAUCUGGCAUGUGGAACUACAUCAGAGAGAGCUAUUAAAAGUGGGUGGUAUGUUUGCUCGACAGUCUCAAUCUCACAAUGGCAAGACUGGAACUUGGCAACAGCGUAAAAGCUCGCUUAGUUAGUUUUACUCGAUGGAACUCGUGCAAUUUGGCUGAAGCCCAGUGUGAAUCAUCCCGUCAUCCAUCCUACGCAGGAAGCAGAGCUCGGUACUUGUGAUAUGUACCUUUUUUUUUUUUUUUUUCUUUGCGUGAAGUCAGCACCCGGCAACUGAGUGCGAAUACACAACACACCCCAGGAAUUAUUAACCUUGUCUCCCUCGGUUCAAUUCCCACCCACCUUGUUAUCUAAAUAAAUCACCUAGUCUGCCCACCGCACUUUCCCUCUUUUCACCUCUUGCCUCUUUUCUGCGACUUUUUUUUCUUUUGUCUCCGCUUCAACUUUAUCAGAUAAUCGCUCUCUAUCAUCAGCAGCAAAGUGUCCCUAACCAAGCGACUUGCGCACCCACGCACUACAGUGAAUUUCCUGGCCCGAGUCUCGUGUGUGUCUCGGCGCGUCCCAGUGGAAAGAAUCCGGACAACAAAAACAACUCGAGCUUAACAAACUUCACUGUUUGUGUCUUACGCUCGGCCAUCCAACUUCAUCCUGUCAACUUGGUCAGCACAAACACAUCCACGCGCCAAGCCUUCCCAGCUCAACCGAUCCUCUCGACUUGUCGCAAAGUCGGGGAUCAGCAUCACCUGUUGGGUGUUGCGACAACAAACUGAAGCUUUACUUUGCUGAUUAACACACUGCUACAUAUCAGCAAAUCACACAACACCCAGAGCCUUGACUGACUAUCUACGGAUGUCAGUUGGAACAGACAAGAUGGAGACUACCGUCUCCGUGCCUGUUGCGAGAGAAGGUGCCCCAACUGCCAUGAUGGAUGAGCCUACAUCAUUAUCGGUUGAACCGCCAAAGCCAUCACCCAAGGACGAGACUGUCAAAGAUGAAGCGGUUGAUGGUGAGAUCAAGAAGCCAGAAUCGCCCAUUGUUGAGACUCCAGUUCAGCAAGAGUCUUUGGACAAACGUACCGAUCUGGAUGGGCACAAACUCCAAGAGGACGAACUUCACGAAGAGCUCACCCCCCCACCAGAUUCUCCAACAGAUACUGCUAGUAUUGAGGAUCAUCCUGACGACGCUGCUGAGAACCCUGCCGAAGACACGACAGAGGACUUGGUUGAUGACGAUCUUAUGAGUGUCGUUUCGAGCCUUCCCGUCGACGAAACUCAGGAUCUCAUGAGUGUCGAUUCAAGCCCUGUCAUUCAUCACCUGGAAGACGAGAUCGUUGUUGGCACCAAAGCCAACAGGAAGCUGCCCGUCAACCAGGAUAAAUCCGAUAUAGCUGACGUCCACAUGGAUCCAUCUGCGAUUCUUACCGGCAAGCGCAAGCGGACUUCCACUUACUAUGCUGACUCUAUCCAAGACGACAGCCCUGGUCCUCACGAAGGACGUGUCAAAGCCCGGCCUGCCAAGACUCAUGGUUCUGGAGGCGUCAAAGGUGUCAUCAUUGGAUAUUGGCGCGACUCUCAGGUCGAAAAUGAGGCUGAUAAGCAUUCCGUGAUCGGCUUCAUUGACUCGAGGGAUCGCCUUAGAACCAGAAUCCAGACAACUACCCGCGACAAACGUCAGGUUGAUCAACGCUACCCGAUCCCCCCUGGCCCCGGUGGGAGUUGGGUCAUCUUCGAGAAGAUUGUCUUUGAAGACCACCUUGUUGGUCUCAAUCAUCACAUGAUCAAGGAGUUUGUCAAGAUCCGUGCCGAUAAUCUUGGCGAGAAUGAGAGCCCCGAGGAGCGCAACAUAGCCGACAAAGCAGCUGCCGAGCUCGCGGUUGAGAGAGUCACCACCAAUCCUCCCCCCGAAACGGCCAACCAACCUCUCAUUGCUUACGGCGCUGUGAUACCCGAUCCUGCCACCCUUCCCAGCCGUCCCGAGUCCAAGAAACGAAAGGUCACAGGAUCCUUUACUUCAGCCCAGCUAGAGCCUGCCCCCCCCCCUCAACAGCCCGCGGAGGCCCUUCCGGGAACCCGGCCAACUCGCAUCGUUUUGGGAUACUGGAAACAAUCCAGUGAAGAUGACCCGAUUGAGAAGCACGCGGUUUACGGUAUCCUGGGUGCUAAUGACAUGUUCAGGAUCAGGCUUGCGAAGGAGACUCGUGAUGGUAGAGUGAUCGCUGAUGGCAACUUCCCUAGUGGGCCUGGUGCACUGUGGAUCACUUGGGACGCUCUCGAGUUUGAACCUCAUCUCAAAGGUCUCUCCCGCCAUGAGGUCAAGGAAUAUUGCAGGGUUCGCCAGCACCAGCUCGACCAGGGUGAGGCACCUGAGGACCGCGCCCGAAACGAGAUACAAGCCGUCCAAGAGGCUCAGAAGCGUGCUGCUUUGAACAUCGCCGCGGGGACCUCCGUCACUAAGAACGACGUUGAGAUCUCGAUCGAGGGAGCUAAUGGCGUCACUCAUGGUCUUGCUUCCGGCUCGCCUGCCUCAAAGACCAACGAGCCUCGUCGUCAAACUGGGCUCCGCGGCCGACACUCACUCCCUAAUCCCGAGUUCGGAGUUGCUAACCGCAAGUCAUCGUCGGCCAUCGCCCAGAUCGAGAGGACUCAUGAGCUCGCCCGUCACGGGAUUGAAAAGGUUGAGAAGGCGCAGGCUCGCAUUGAUCAGCGUGCCAGCAGCACCGCCACGCCCCGAGAGUCAUCGGCCACCCCAGCCAACCGCAGAGAGCUUUUCAGUGAAAACAUCUCUCGCUUGAACAACGUUUGGGCCAGUCAAGAGGCCACACGCAUCCGUAACGAGGGCCAAGGCUACGAAGGAGACGUCCUGAUGAACGGUACCAUCAGGUACGAGCGAAAGCAAACCGGCCCGUUCAAGGGCAUUCUGGUCAGCCAACCCUUCCUGAUCCAGAUAGACGGGGAGGAUUACGUGGAGUACCGCGUCCUCACGAAGCCGAGCUUCUAG